AUGCGCAUUGUGCACAACUCCUUGAUGUCCCCAUCGCCGACACGGCGCUUACUUGACUCUGUAGUCUACAAGGCGUAUCUCAGGGAUUCUGAGUGGCGACAGAAAGCGAAGCACGCCGAUCAUGACACUUGCUCGACGGCAGAGGACAUGGCUCCAAUGUUACUCAAGUCUGAUGUGAACAUGCCUGGAAUCAGAAUGGUGGGUGUGCUGGGCCUGGAGUGGGUCGACGGGAAAUCAGUGCGAGUCUUACUUCCGGGAGGGUCAGAGGUUAUGGUGAGCCAGGAUUCCGAUGCAACUGAUGGCAUUGGCCCCGAUCGUGCAAAGAUGCACAUCGUGAACAUCAUUCAUGGCGACCUGACAACUUUGAAUAUGAUACUCUGCAGGGGGGACAAGGACUUGGUGCUGAUCGACUUUGGGCUCGCUUACCAUUCUUCGCUGGUGGAGGACAAAGCGGUAGACCUCUAUGUCCUCGAACAUGCUUUCGCAUCAACGCAUCCAGACGCAGAGCCGCUCUUCAACUCAGUUCUCGCUUCAUACGAGAAACACCUCGGAAAGCACUGGUCCGUAAUCAAGAAACAGUUGGAUGACGUUCGCCUCAGAGGUAGAAAAUGCAGUACGGUAGGUUAAUUCUGGGUCAUAAAGGAAACCUAUAAUCUAUUAGGACCUCGGUAUUUUGUUUUGUCUUCCCAUCUGCCUUCGCACCGGCAGUAUUUUCAAAUCCCUUU